AUGUUCAUGGGUGACGCCUCAAAUAUUUGCUUUCUACAAACCAUUCGUGGGAUUGUUUCUGAUAACUUCGGCCCCUGCGGCCUCGUCAACGACUCUCUGCGCCAUUCUAUGGUAGAGGAGCCCGCCUGGGGAGCCUCUCACGACGAUCCUGCACUCGACUUUCCAAAGCGCCCACCGAAGCCAGCCAGAGACGAAGUCGAAUACUUUCUUGUCUGGUUCAAGCGGACAACAGAAUGUGUCUUGGCACUCUUCGAUGAUCAUAAGCUGCAGGAGAAUAUAUUCAAUUGGCUUGAAAACCUCUCAGAUUACUGUCAUUCAACAGCGGCGUUGCAUCAUUUGAUCAUCGCCCUUGGUGCUCAAUCAUGUCCUGAGGACUUCGACGACAUUGCCGAGGCACAUUUCCACUAUGGGCGUUACAUCGUGUUGAUGAGACUAGUUGACGGCCCAAGCAUCGCCAUGGUCCAGUGUUACGCCCUCAUAGCCAUGUACCUCUUGGCCAGCUCGCGCAGAAAUGCGGCCUUCAUGUAUCUCGGCAUCUCGGUACGCGGAGCUUACGCGCUGGGUUUACAUAGGCAAGAUGUUUCCGCGCUCCACGAUCCCACCGAGUACAUGGCCCGCGAACGGCUCUGGCGAGGGCUCAGAAUUCUGGACAACUUCAUGAGUGCGUCUCUGGGCCGCCCCCCAGCAACAAACGAGACUCGCAAUACACGGUCUGGUCCACAUUACUCUGCUUCCAACGAUCUCUGCUGGAUAUUCGAGAAUAUCUUGACGGAGAUUUAUGCUAAGCACAAUGUCACCACUGAUCGUCUGGAGAACAUAAGCGAGCUUCAUCGGGAAUGGUCAUCAAGGUUUACGAGUGGUCUCGAGACGGAUGGAAUACUACCAGACAUGCGCGUCUAUCAGCAGGGAGAUGCAACCCUGAACAUCGGGCUUCUUCAUCUGAAAGAGGCAUACUACUGGACAAUAAUGUUGCUCUCUCGGCCAUUCUUAGUGGAAUAUGUCACCCUUCGAUUAAAGCAAAGACGGACGGAGCAAACAGACUUUACCGGCUCGACUGAUACUUCACGACAGUUCUCGGCUUCCCACGCUAUACUGGUCCAGGCUUGUAUUGACUCGGCAAUCCGAACGGCUAAGCUGCUCCACCCCAUGACGUCUUCACCUCUCACUCCCAAAAGACUCCCCUACGUUGUCAACUCGGCCUUCGUAGCAGCAUUGGUGCUUGGAUUGGCCUUAUUUUCUGACCUGGAUGACACCGAGCCCAUCAUCUCCCAUAUGGAAGCUUGCCACGACGUGCUGUUCAAGUUUAGCAAGCACGAUGCUGUAGCGAAAAGAUAUCUGUUCAUCACGGAGAAGUUACAAGAAGUCUGCUGUGAGAACUUGAAGAUUCGCCAAAAGGAACAAAUGGAGAGUAAGGGUAAGAUGUUGCAUAUGAUCUUCGGUAGCAUUGACAACGUCGGCUCGCUAGAGCACCAAACCUCUCUCAGUGGUGGAACGUCCGGGGGUGGGGGGUCGCACAUCUUGUCCCCCGAGUCUCAAACGUCAACGCAAGCAGGAAGCUUGUUUUCAGAGACGAUAAGUGCUCCUAUCGAUAACGGGACCGAGACACAAAACAUGAGCGAUGAACAGGCCUGGAUAUACAGUCUGUCCGAAGACUUCAUAAACUCGGACAACCAAGUCGCAGAUUUCGUAUCGCCCAGUACCCUGUGGCUAGAUGGAGAUUGUGAGCUCACUGUAGAAGUUGGAGAUAACUGA